CGGCGCGGCGCUCGCUGCUGCGGCUUGGGCGAGCGAGCAAGCGAGGAGAGAGAGGAGAGAGAGGAGAGAGAGGAGAGAGGCCGGGCGAGCGGCGGCUGUGCGGCUCUCACCCUGACCCCCCCCUCCCCGGGCUGACGGACGGACAGACGGGCGGACGGCGGAGGCGGGAGUCAGGAGCCGCGUCGGGCGACGCUGAGGACGAGCGCGUCCGGCUCCGCGGCCGCCACACUCGGUCGGUGUUCUGAAUGAAGCGCCCGCCCCGCUGAGUCCCGAGCCCGGCGCGUCCUCCCCCCGGCAAGAUGGACGGUUUCGCCGGCAGCCUCGGAAGUGGCUGCCUGCAUCUCCUUUCCCAGACUAGACGGGUUCUUGGAAAACCGUGAGAUGACUGCAUUUAUAUAAGCAAAGAAUUUGUGUUUUGUCAGCAGGAUGAUUCUUUACAAACUGCUUAUUGAAGAGAACCUGGUAGUCUUGUAAAUAAGAAAGACUUAAAAUUCAAACCAUGCCUCUGGAAGGAGUUUUUGGAUAAGGGACAUUCUAUUCUGCAGGACAUGCUCUUUCUAAGACAUCUUCAUGGUGGUUUUGGGAGCCAGAGAUGAUAGUAUUUCUGCUGCAAGUACUUCUGAUGUGCAGGAUCGCCUCUCAGCUCUCGAGUCACGAGUUCAACAACAGGAAGAUGAAAUCACUGUGCUAAAGGCAGCUUUGGCUGAUGUUUUGAGGCGUCUUGCGAUCUCUGAGGAUCAUGUAGCCUCAGUGAAAAAGUCUGUGCCAAAUAAAGGCCAACCAAGCCUUCGAGAAGCUAUUUCCAUGUCCUGUAUAACCAAUGGAAGUGGUAUAAGCAGGAAACAGAGUCAUGCCAGCUCUGUAUCAAUAGCAAGAAAAGAAACUCUUUCAUCUGCUGCUAAGAGUGGUACAGAAAAAAAGAAAGAAAAGCCACAAGGACAGAGAGAAAAAAAAGAGGAAUCUCACUCUAAUGAUCAGAGCCCACAAAUGCGAGCAUCACCUUCUCCCCAGCCCUCUUCACAGCCUCUCCAAAUAAACAGACAAACUCCAGAGAGCAAGAGCUCCGCUCCCACCAAAAGCAUAAAGCGUCCACCAACAGCUGAAAAGUCACAUAACUCAUGGGAAAAUUCAGAUGAUAGUCGUAAUAAAUUAUUGAAAACCGUUUCAACAUCAAAACUAAUAUCAAAGGUUAUAAAAAGUGCAGACAAACACAAAGAUGUCAUCAUCAAUCAAGCAAAAAUGUCAACCCGUGAAAAAAACAGCCAAGAAGGAGAAUAUAUUAAAAUGUUUAUGCGAGGUCGGCCAAUUACCAUGUUCAUUCCCUCGGAUGUCGACAACUAUGACGACAUCAGAUCAGAACUGCCUCCUGAGAAGCUCAAACUGGAGUGGGUAUAUGGUUAUCGGGGGAAGGACUGUCGAGCGAAUGUUUACCUGCUUCCUACGGGGGAAAUAGUUUAUUUCAUUGCAUCAAUAGUGGUACUGUUUAAUUAUGAAGAGAGGACUCAGCGACACUACCUGGGUCACACAGACUGUGUAAAAUGCUUGGCUGUACAUCCUGACAAGAUUCGGAUCGCGACUGGACAGAUAGCUGGAGUGGACAAGGAUGGAAGGCCUCUGCAACCCCAUGUCAGGGUGUGGGAUUCAGUAAGCCUUUCCACACUGCAUGUCAUUGGACUUGGAACUUUUGAGCGUGGAGUAGGAUGCCUGGAUUUUUCAAAAGCAGAUUCAGGUAUUCAUUUAUGCGUUAUUGAUGACUCCAAUGAACAUAUGCUUACUGUAUGGGACUGGCAGAAAAAAUCAAAAGUAGCAGAGAUAAAGACAACAAAUGAAGUUGUUUUGGCUGUGGAAUUCCACCCAACAGAUGCAAAUACUAUAAUAACAUGUGGUAAAUCUCAUAUUUUUUUCUGGACCUGGAGUGGCAAUUCACUAACAAGAAAACAGGGAAUUUUUGGGAAAUAUGAGAAACCAAAGUUCAUUCAAUGUUUAGCGUUCUUGGGGAACGGAGAUGUUCUCACUGGAGACUCAGGUGGAGUCAUGCUCAUCUGGGGCAGAACUGCCGUGGAACCCCCGCCUGGGAAAGGACCUAAAGGUGUCUAUCAGAUCAGCAGACAAAUCAAAGCUCACGAUGGCAGUGUGUUUACACUCUGUCAGAUGCGAAAUGGGAUGCUAUUAACUGGAGGAGGGAAAGACAGAAAAGUAAUUCUGUGGGAUCAUGAUCUAAAUCCUGAAAGAGAAAUCGAGGUUCCUGAUCAGUAUGGCACAAUUAGAGCUGUUGCAGAAGGAAAGGCAGAACAAUUUUUAGUAGGUACAUCACGAAACUUCAUUUUACGGGGAACAUUUAACGAUGGCUUCCAAAUAGAAGUGCAGGGUCACACAGAUGAGCUCUGGGGCCUCGCUACACAUCCCUUCAAAGACUUGCUCCUGACGUGUGCUCAGGACAGGCAGGUGUGCAUGUGGGACUCAGCGGAGCACAGGCUGGAGUGGACCAGGCUUGUGGAUGAACCAGGACACUGUGCAGAUUUUCAUCCAAGCGGUACAGUGGUCGCCAUCGGAACACACUCAGGCAGGUGGUUUGUUCUGGAUGCAGAAAGCAGAGAUCUGGUGUCCAUCCACACAGAUGGGAACGAGCAGCUCUCUGUGAUGCGCUACUCAGUAGAUGGUACUCUCCUGGCUGUAGGAUCUCAUGACAACUUUAUUUACCUCUACUCGGUCUCAGAAAAUGCAAGAAAAUACAGCAGAUAUGGAAAAUGCACUGGACAUUCUAGCUACAUCACACACCUUGACUGGUCCCCAGACAACAAGCAUAUAAUGUCUAACUCGGGCGACUAUGAGAUACUGUACUGGGACAUUGAGAAUGGCUGCAAACUGAUCAGGAACCGGUCAGACUGUAAGGACAUUGACUGGACGACAUACACCUGUGUGCUGGGCUUUCAAGUCUUUGGUGUCUGGCCAGAAGGAUCCGAUGGGACAGACAUCAAUGCACUGGUGCGGUCCCACAAUAGAAGGGUGAUAGCUGUGGCCGAUGAUUUCUGUAAAGUUCAUCUGUUUCAGUAUCCGUGCUCCAAAGCAAAGGCUCCAAGUCACAAGUACAGUGCGCACAGCAGCCACGUGACCAACGUCAGUUUUACUCAUAACGACAGUCACCUGAUUUCAACUGGCGGGAAAGACAUGAGCAUCAUCCAGUGGAAGCUUGUGGAGAAGUCACCUUUACCUCAGAAUGAGGUUGUCACAGACAGCAGUCUAACCAAAGCCCCUGCCUCUUCCACUGACAAUGCCAGGCAGCCUAACCCCCCGCCACCGCCUCCUUUCCAGCUGUCAGCUCAGACAGUGGAGGAAGACAGCAGAGUAAGCAGCUCACCCCCACUCGAGAACAGCCUGGAGCAUGCUGCGGAGCCCAGCGAGGAGCAGAGCGAGGGGGGCAGCGAAGAUCUUGGUACGGUGAUUGAUGAAGAGCCUGCCAGUGAGUUAGGGGAGAAGCAGGGAGCACCCGACCUGCCUGAGGACCAGCAAGGCAUACCACUCCUGUGCUAACACCAGGCUGCAGUGCUCCCUCAGCUAGCUGCCUGUGCCGGGAUGGAGUCAGGUAACACGAUGGGCAGUGAUGGGGAAUCACUGUGGAUGGAGGUUUGUUUCCCACAUGAGACGCAGCAAACCAAAGGUCGUUUGGUAUAUGAUGAAAACUUAACCAAACUUAAAUAGCAGGAGACUGGCAGGUGAGUGUGUCCUAGAAAUCGCCAUGUGUGGUAUGAUACUGGAAACAGAGCUGCAGUUGUACCCUUCGAGAUAACCCCGUUAUCUGAACGUGAGUUCCUCAGAACCUACGGAGGCACCGCAAACACCAUUGCUCAUCCACGGGCUCAAAUUUUUCCUGAUACAGGAAAGUGAUCUUGUUGUGAUACCUUCCCACCCAAAUGUCUAGUGGGAACUUUUAAUUAAGGAAAACUUGAGUAUUACCAAGUGUGGGGGUGUUGCCUUUUCUUACACUACCAGUAGAUGUCCAGACGUGCUCGUGAGGCUACUCUAGGGGAUGCCUUCUUUAAGUUAAAACGAGGAACAGCCCUCAGUUCCUGUGGACAGAUACUUUAUCCUAGAAGCAAGCAUUGGUUUGUUGAAGAGCUUUUGAUGUAUAUUAAUUAAACCAUGGUUCUGAGAGAUGGUGGCUUCUCCAAGGAGUCCUUUACCGGCCUAAACAUUCUCUAAUGUUUGGCAUUCAAGGGAAUGGAAAAAGGAAGAAAAAAAAAACCCGAAUGCCUUUAAAAGACAAACUGUAACGAUGACUUGCUAACCCUUGCUAGCCUUCAGCACUGUCUGUUCCCUCAGUAGAAGUAUAAACACAGUAGUUUAAAUGGUUGAAUUGGUGCUUGAAAUUCAUUGGUUCAGUUGUAAUUUUUAUACAAACUUAUUCCACUGAGGGAUGUCUUUUUUACAGAAGUGUAAUAGGGUUCACUCCCACAGUACUGCUUACUAGGUGGCACCUGUGCAGAUAUGCUGUCUGGGCAUUUCCUUCUUCUGUGAGCCUUGCAGCCCCUGGCUGGCCAGCCGUGGUGUGGGCAGUGCAUGUUGGUAUACGUGGGGAGGGGCUUUUUUCAAGUUUUGUCAGAUGACUGUUUUUCUUAAGUAUGUUUCCUACUUAAAUGACUGACAAGUGUGCAUUUCCUAUGUUUGUUUAUACUUUGAUUUCAAAAACUGUUUAUUUUUUUUACCUUGCUACAUUGUUUUCAUACUUUUGUUGUCGGAAUUAUGUUUAGGAACUUUUCAUAGGUUCAGAUGUCUUAAGUAUGCAGCCGUUUACGUGACUGUGCCAUUCAUUCCAAAGUGCAUCAAAACUGUCAUUCCCUUCUAGUGUCUUCUCAGGAGUAACACGUGAAAAUCAGGUAUUUCAUCAUUUCCAAAUAUGAAAGCUCCGGUGAACUCCCAAGGACCCUUCUGACACUCGUACCCACACGCUAUGUGGAAGGGUGUGUGUGGAGACCUGUGUAUCUCUAGAUAAGAUAGAUGCACACACCAAAACAUUCACAGUGUAGUCUGUCUAGGUAUAUGUCCAUGUAUCUCUCUUGUUUACAACAUUGUUUUUAACUAAGGGGGGAAAAACACCUCAAAGUAGCUCUCUUCUGAAGAAGAGCUGCAAAGCCACCUGACUUUGAGUUCGUUCUGUACCCAGUGAUCAGAGCGCAGCUUCAGGCAUCUCUCUCCACCAGUUAGCAGUGGUGACGAAAUCAAGUCCUUGGAAAGGACACUAGGAGAUGGAAGUACAUUUCUUUCCGUGCCUGGAGGAUACAGUGCUCCACAAACAGGGACUUUAUUUGGGGACAUCUGUCACCUUUGGGGUUGCCAUGUACAAUGAGAUUUAUAAUCAUGAUACUCUUGGGUGGUAGUUUCCAAAGACACUACUCAUGCGCAGAAAGCGUUCCAGCCCCUCGUGCUGGCAACUACUGUCUCGUGUCAGUCAGAUCUGUGAUAAUGACCGGAAGGAUGUGGGAUUAUGAAAUUGUAAAUGUUUUCUUAGAAAAACUUGUGAAUGAAAAUGAACCCAAGUGUUUCAUGUGAAGAUGAGCCAUUUCUAUCAUGCAUUCCGAUGUCAUGGCAGAAAAUUUUGAAGAUUAAAAAAUAAGAAUCAAAA